GCCUUGGGCCCAGCGGCAGCAGCUGUCAAUUUUUGUUUGUUGCUGAUGUGUGUCAAGCCAGAAGUUAACACUUUCCCGUCGGUUCCCGUAGUUUUUUCGUUUUAUUUUUAUUUUUUUAAUUUUCCGUUCGCAAAGGUGGCCCGUAAAGCUGGGUCACCGCUGAGGUAAUGCGCGGGUGCGGGGCCGCUAAGUAGUGUAGCGAUGAGUAGAAUAGCAAAUGGUUCUACAAAUGCACAACUGCAAAUCAUGGACAAAAACAAAGACUGGCAGCUUGAGCUGCUUAUGGAGAAGCUGCGUUCCAAAGCACCACACUUCAAAAGCUUUGUGGAAACCUCAAAGAAUGUCCGCAUGACUCUCCUUGAUAAACGCUAUGCUUUGGACAGUGUCGAGAAAAGCCAACAUCAAAAAUGCUUAGACACUCUUCAACACUCCAUCAAAGUCACAUCCUUGCAGAGCAUGGUGGAACGGUUAGAAAGUCUCACAAGGCAGUUAGGGUUGAAAUUUGUGCAAAGGCUUUGUCAAAAUCCAACUGGGUAUGAAUUAUUCAUCACAUCUGAUGUCUUCUAUUUGGAGAUAAUACUGCAAGAAAGUGGUGCUGUGCAUGACGUCAAGGUCCACCACGAAGGCAAGGAACCACAGAACUGCCAAGAACUGGUCGAAUGUUUGACAAAAGGUGAUUUUUCUGAUUUCACUGCACAGUUGGAGGGUUUUGCUUCCAUAUACCAGCUUAAUGCAGAGAAGAAAGUAAAAUGCAAAGCGUUUAGCGCGUUGCAAUCAUUGGAAGCAGACUUGUGCACCCUUGCUCAGCUGCAGACAUUCAUAAAAGAACCUUUUAACGUUCUCUACAAAUCUCCUGUGGGAAUUCUGGAGAAACGUCGCGGAGGACAUGCUAUGAAGUUGACUUAUUUUGUUUCACCAUACGAUUUAAUCAAUAAGGAUCGCGGAGACAUCGAUCCAAUUGCCAUAGACGGGAUCAUAUCUAAGAAUCUAGGUUACAAUGUCACCGUUUACAUGGAAGGCUCCACUGCACAUAAGUUGCAAACAUCUACCUUAAUUACAGUCAAUAGGAAUCAUAAUGGCAAAGGGACUCCUUCCUACGCCCCGCUCUCCAGCCAAAACAGUGCUGUUAUUCCAGCAUGCUUUGUUCUACGUUUGAACAAAUCAAUGCCGAUAUGUUUGAAUCUUAUACAUCAAAUCCAACAAAUUACUGAGUUGGAUUGUGCCGAUAUAUCUGCGGCACGUCCAAUGCUGAGCUUAAUUGCUACACACUGUAGUGACGGAAAAUUGGACACAGGCAAUAAUCGCGCCUGCUUUGUUACGUUACCUGAUCAGAGCCAUUGCUACUUUAUGACGGAAAAUAAGAACAUGCAGGGCGUUUUAGUCAAUAACAUUCCUUUCACACAUCCAGGCCACGUUGCCCAAAUAUUGGUGAUUUUAAGACAACAAGCCCUUUUUAACACAGUUAUUAGUAGCUGUAUAAGACCCAACAGUAGGCAAGAUUACGAAAGUAUGAUAAUGCUAGAAGUAAGUGCGUUGUCAUGGACACACAUAUCUGUGUCACUGGAGCACCCUUUGGAAGAGAGCAUGGCCACGGCGGAGAUGGAUCUAAGUGAUGUGUCAAAUCUAACGUGCAGAAUACAUAGUCCCGGAACACCGCCACCUCCGAACUCACCUGAUGUCGCCUCUGACAUCACCACGAAGGUGUUCAAUCGGUGUUUCUCAAUACCUGUUACCAUGCGUGCGAUAUUAAUGUAUUGGGACAAGCAAAUCGUGCGAAAAAAUCAUUAUGGCGGGCACGAAAAUUUUAACUUGCCCCUCGGCUCUGGGGAUCCGGGGGGACGCAACGGUAACUCGGGUAACAAUAUCGGUGAUUUUGACGGUAAAAUAAAGCAAGAACCAUCAAGUCACGGCGGAAUGAACCUACCGCUUAUGUCUCACCCCCAUCAAGGCAUGUUCUUAAGCGAGACGCUCAUGUCGAGCGCAAAUUUCACCAAUUUUCAGACUGCCGCAGAUAGUGCAGCUGUUCUCACCAACAUCGAAUUAACAAACAUUUUGGCAGGCAACGAGAAACCUAAGAGAUCAUCAAAACGGAAAGCCAACGAUGACCUUUGGAAAGGAAGUAGUAAAACGAGAAAAGCUGGCGGCGGCGACGACGAUGGUCUUCUCGAUGCCUCUAGCUGCGAUUCAACGUCGCGCAGUACACCGCUCUCACAGGAGACCGUCUCAGAGAUACCUACCCCAAAUUCAGGGUUGGGGUUUCACUCGGAUUUAGAGCUCUCCGCCCUUGAUCCCUCUGAACUUCUUGGUGACAAGGACAAUGCACCAGAAUUCGACCAAGAUGACCUGGGCGACGUGGAGGAGAUUCUUUCGGGAAAGAGUCGCAAAGGUGAUAAAUUAUCCCCUUUAGGGGAUUUUGGGGAUAAGUUGGUCCCUCCCAGUGUAAGCAUCACACCCAUUCCACAGGUAUCGGGGUUUGGGACCAACCAGCAGGGAUGCAUGGACCACAGGCCAGGAAUUGAAAUAAUCCCCAUCUCGACGACUGCAACGACUCUUCCCAGUUCAAUAACCAUCACACCAAUUUCUUCGCAAGCAAAAGGCGAGGAAAGGAGCAAAGAUAAGAAGAGCAAUAAGAGUAGAUCAGACGAUAAGAAUAAGAUGGAAAAGAAGAAAAAGCGAAAACGUGAGGAGAGCCCGAUGGGUCCUCCUGAGAAGAUUCCCACAAAACAGGACCCAUUAACCAAGCCAGUCUCCGUAAGCAUAAAACCUGCCGAAAGCCCACCCUUGCCAUCGAUUACUCCAAAUUCUCCAAAUAUGAUAAGAAAAUUUAGCCAAUCGCCUACCCACAAUCGCACCAUGUCUUUAAGCGGAAAAUUGAGUCCAAGUAUGAUGAAACCUGGAUUGAAGACGCACAGCCCCAAACAUUCACCGGCUCACGUCCCGAGCAGUCCUAAGCAUGGGUUGCCUGCAAUUAGCAGUCCUAAGAGCCAUUCGCCUAAACAUCCUUCAACUAGCGGCAGUGGUAAACCAAGCAUGUCGACUCUAAAAAACGCGGCAAAUUCGCCCUCUAGCAAGAGUGGCGAAAGUAAAAAUAAAAGCAAAGAUUCGUCUCGCGAGAAGGAUAAGAAAACUAGCGGAAGUAACUUCAGCGUGAACUCGACGACGAAAAACAAGAGCUCCUUCAAAGUGAAACCGCUCGACCUAAACGCAGUCGUGGAGAUUCCCACGCCAGAUGGUUUAUCGUCGCCGGGCGGCAUGGACUUGUCAAAAUCUGCAGUCCCGAAUCAAAUGCGUAACAGAAACAAGGCAUGCCUAUCUGCGAUUGUAGAUAAAUUAAAAUCCGCCCAACACUGUGAUAUCCCGUCCUCGGAUAAUAAUAAGUGCAAGGAGCGUACUGGUCAAAUCUCGAAGACUGAUAUGAGCAAAAACACAAAAACAGGCGAACCAAAAAACCCUGAGUACAUGGUCAAACACAGUUCCGAUUUGAAGGUGACUAUUAACAAGACUCGAAUGAAGGAACCUGCCUCGUCGAAGUCAUCGAAUAUGAAAAGUUCGGGGACUGGCUUAAAACCAGGCGUGAAUAGUGGUCCGGCAUCGAAGAAACCUCAGCAGGUGGCCCAAAAAACAGGAAUAGUGAAUUCGACGAGUGCUAGCGGUGGUAGCAGUAGUUAUAGCAGUGGGAGCAGUUUCAAAAGCUCUACCAAAGUGCCAAGUACCAAAAGUAGCAGCAGUAGUGGCAGCGGCAGCAGCAGCUUAGGUACAAACAUGUCCAAAUCCAAAAUUGGUCUUCCGAAGACUAGUAGCUCGUCGUCCAUAACGGAUAUGCGAGUAAAGGAUCGACCCAAAUUGAACAAGAGUAGUUCAGAGAAGUCGAUCUUUAGUAGUAGAGAAAGGAAGGGCAGUCCUACUCAGCAGCCGCGUGAGGAGAGCGAAAACGAGAAAGCGUACAAGACGCUUUCCAAUUAUGCGACGCCGUUGACGACGGAAGGCGUCAGUAAGCAGUUCGACAAAAAGUUUCAGAUUCCCAAAUUAUCGGCGCGCUCCUCGGAAGAUAAGAAAUUACUUACGAAUAAGGUAAAUACUGAUAUGAACAACAUCACCAGACCUGAGGCCAGCAAGAUCUACGAUAUGUUUAGUAAGGGGGAACUACCCAAGUACCCGCUCGCCGUGCCGACUCCAAAGAUGUUUGAUGGCAACAUGGAAGUGAAGAUCAGGAACAGCAUGAACGCUAAUUCAUUGUCGAUUUCCGCCCGCAGUUCAAGCCCCAAGCUCCCGAAGGACAUGGACAAUAGCAGCGACGGCGCCAUUGACGAUAAGAAGACCAUGAGCAAGGACGACCUGAACUUCAAAAUGCAUUUUCCCAUAUCCGCAUCAAAGAACUUCCAGUCAGCUUCCGAACCCUUAAGUCUUUCCACGAAGAGCAUAGACCUUACCUCCAAAUUCAUCGCGCCGGCCCCAAAAGACGACAUCAAGAAGGACGGCGGUAAGAAAUUAGAGGAUGGCCUUUUAGACUACUCCAAACUAGACAAGAGCGUGCCUCUCGGACCACCAAACUCGUAUCCAGCAUCUCCGUCUGUGAGCGUACACAUAGUUAAGAGCCCAGCGCCGUCUCCGCUCAUCAACCCCAGUCCGCACUCAGCCUCACCUGGCAUCACUGAUGACGAACUCAUGGACGAAGCGCUAGUCGGUUUGGGCAAAUAGCCCACGUGGCUCAACCUGAUCUUAGGUGAUUUCUUUCCUUUCUCGAUGAGGAGCAGGAUCAAACUUUAAUAAACAAAUAAUUACAUUAAGUAAUGGAUGGAAUAAAAAGUGCUUUUAAUAAAUUCAAGACACGCGCAGACGUUCAUUGAAUAUAGGCUGUGCCUUAUUUCUGCGUGGUUCACCUAUGUGCAGAGCGUUGGAAGCAAAGUAAGCGACGUUAUUUACAUGCCAUCACUCUGCAGAAAGGCAAAUAUUAAUAACUCGAGGGCGUAGUGUUGCGUUUGUAUUCUUUACUUUUUCAAAAAAAAAAGAAACCUCUCGUGUCGUGACGUUGGAAACCGGGUAAAUGAUUAGCAAUUGUUUUUUUUUGUACGGCAUUUUAAGAAGAAAAAUCCUAGAUCGGAAAUCAUAAAA